CUGCCUCUUUUAUUAAUUCACAAUAAUAAACGUUUCUAAAAUGAGCCAUAUAAUUUAUUUUAAUUGAUGAACUAGUUUAUAGUGUAUACAACUAGUUUGGAUUUACAAAAGAUUAGUCUUGUUAAUAGCGUUUAUUAAUUUGGUAGCGUUUAUUUAUUUAAUAUUAGGCAUACAUUCUCAGUGUAAGUUAGAAAGUUUUAACAUGUUCUCUGCCCUUAAGAAAUUAGCAAAAGGCAACGAUGAACGCUGCACUGCUCCAGUACCCAUGUCCUAUUCUUUACAAAAGAAGUUUUCGCGUGGUGUUCACUUUAACAUGAAAAUAUUGAUUAAAGGAGAUCGAAAUGUGGGCAAGUCUUGUCUGCUGCAAAGAUUGCAAGGUGGACCUUUUAUAGAAGAAUAUGUUCCUACUGACCAAAUUCAGGUGGCUCCCAUACACUGGACCUAUAAAAAUACUGAUCACAUUGUAAAAGUUGAAGUGUGGGAAGUAGUAGAUAAAGGUAGAACUAAGAAGAAAUCUCCUCUAGGCCUGAAAUUAGAGAACCAAGCUUCGGUAGCCCAGGAUGAAGGUUAUGAUACACCAGUACUGGAUGCAACAUUUCUUGAUGUGUACAAGAAUGCAACUGGUGUUAUACUGAUGCUUGAUAUCACCAAACCUUGGACAUUCGAAUAUGUGGUGAAGGAGUUGUCGCGGGUGCCCGCCGACCUGCCCGUGGUGGUGCUCGGAAACCACUGCGACAUGCAGCACCACCGCCAGGUGCACCCACACCAUAUCGAGCAGGCGCUCGAGCACGCUAAGCUGAACAGGACGGCGGCAGUGCGGUACGCGGAGUCCUCCAUGAGGAACGGCUUCGGGCUGCGCUUGCUGCACAAGUUCCUGAGCGUGCCGUUCCUGCGCUUGCAGCGGACCAGCCUGCUCGAGCAGCUGCAGAGGAACCAGAAGGAAGUGGAGGAGACGGAGAAGGAGCUGGAUGACUUCCAAAAUUCGGAGGAGUCCCACUACAAUCUAUUUCUGGACCGGCUCGCCAACAAGCGUCGUCAGAGCCAGGGCGCGCCCGAGCCGCGACCGAGCAACGAACGCUCGCCGAGUAUCGUGCUGGGCGCCGGCAAGCCCAUCGUGCCGCCCGCCGUCAACCCGCUGUUGGCGCAGUCACUGAACCCAUUGGGCAUCAAAGCACAGCACGGGCCGCCGUCGCAAAGCCAGUACGUGAAUCCGGAGCUGAUGAAAACGCGGCCAACUGUCAGCAUGGACUAUAGGCCGUCGAGACUUAACCUCCCAGACAGCGAGCAGAGCACACCCUCAGGUGCCAAGUCCCCGUCGGGUACCCUGGACGAGUUCUACGCGGGCGCGCUGGAUAGCAGCUUCCUGGAUGAUCUCGCGCCUGCGUCCAAUCAGGAACUCACCUAUGAAAGCAACAGUGAUGAUGAAACGACGAACCCAAAGGUGACCAUCGAACAAGACGACGUGGACAUUGACUACGCCGCGAUGAUCCAAGACCUAGCCUCAGACUCAGAGCAGGUGAAGCCCUUGCCCGAGCCCCUGGAAGACCGGUUCACCCAACUGAACGUGAAGGAGUAUUCGCCGCCCGAAGGUGACGUGCAGUCCAUCGAGAAUGAGUUCCCGCUUUGGGCCGGUGAUGCCAGCGCGAGGCGGUCCCCGGAAGGAGGGGAAGAUCCCGACGUCGGUAAAGAAACUGAGGUCAAGACUGAGAAAAAACACAAAAAGAAGAAGUCUAAGGACAAAGACAAAGGCGACUACUCUGAGAAAUCGGAGAAGAAAGAGAGAAAGAAGCACAAAAAAUCUAAGAGCGAAAAGAAGACAGUAAAUCCACAGGCGGCUCUACUGGAUCCUACACCGGUCGACGGCUUCUACGACGAUGUUGAGUACGACUCUCUAUGAGUUAAACAUUCACUGUGAUUUUUGCUUUACACUUGUUAGGAGAGUUUGUUACAACGAACAACGGUGGCAUAUUGAGAUAAAAUGUGCGCAUAAAUUGAAGAAACAUCUAUUGCAUCUGUAGAAGCUUUCUACAUAAUUAUAGUAUGAAUUUUCUCAAAUGAUUUUAAACCCUAGUUUCUGUUAAACAAAAGCCUUUGUUUCUUUUGUUCAGCGGUUACCAAUUCUACCGCUACUGACUGAACGGGAACAAACUUGUUUAAAAAGAAAAUUUACCGUCCUAUUUAUAUGGUUCAAAUUUAUGUAACAGCUCAUUCUGAGGCCACACACAGGCAACCGAUCGUCCUUCAUUACCUAAACUGGUUAUCUCAGAAUGAGCUGUUACAAACCUUUAUCUACGCACAUAUCGUUAGUGCUCUAAAAUGCGUUCAGAACCCGUAGGAAAUUUUAUAGAUUUUUGUGUGGGUCUAAGUGGGUCCCUAUUCUAGUAUCCAUAGAUAUUAAAACAGUAUCGAAACGAAACGUCAAUUCAGUAUGCUUUUUUAAUUAAAACCGCACGACAUUUGAUCCCGAGUGACAUGAGAAUUGGGACUUCAUUCGUUUGACUAUAAUUAAAAUAAAAUAAACUUUUUAUUGCAUUAUUUUAAUAUCUAUAGUCCUUAGAUAAUUUACAGGUAGCACUAGUAGCAAUGCAGGUCAUUUCUCUACGGCUUCUGAACCCAUCUUAGAGUACUUAUGAUAUGUGUGUAGAUAAAGUAGUGUAUGCAACUGUACAUAAUUAGGCCUUAAAACACUCGUGUGAUUCUAUUAUGAAACUCGCUGACGCUUGUUUCAUAAAACCACACUUGUGUUUUAAGGCCUCUCAUUAUGUAUCAGUUGCAUAAACUACUAUAAUACUAUCAUGAUAGUUGUUUUUUAACGUCAUGGUUGCUUUGGCACGCGACUAAGGCGCGUUUCCAUAAAAGAAACAAAGGCUUUUGUUUAACGGAUUUGGGUCUGAGGCCUAAAAAUCAUUUGAGAAAAUUCAUACUAUAUGGAUUAUGGAGUCUUUCCGAAGUGCACAACUUUGUCUAAGGUUGUCAAAAGUUGAUGUUUGACAGUCAAUCUACCACCGAAAAUAUGGCGCCGUACAGCGCCACCCACUAUAACUAUCGAGCUCGGAUAGUGGAUAUUUUCUUAGACUAUCUCUUUUAUAAGGUUUAACUCUUUGCUGAUGAGUAAUAUUCACCAAGAGCAAUGCAGGAAAUCAUUGGAAAUGAUGGACAACACGUGCAUACGAGUCAUCGACAUUGUUGGAAUUGCGACAAUUCCUAUUAAUAUAAUAUGAAUUAUAAAAUCUUUAUUUAUGAUUCGUAAUUAUAUUACUAUUUAUAGCGUGAGCUCAGCUUACAACCUAAAAUAUUGUUUUGAUAUCUUCAUUUGAACUCAAAUAAGUAACUUAUGUAGUUGGUUACUGUACUUAAUGCAACAUUCAUCGACAGUUCUAGGUUAUUAUCAAUGACUGUUGUCGCAGAAAGCAAACCGGGACUGGAACCUCAGGUGGCGUGAGUUUUCUCUGUCAAAAAUGUAGGAGGUCGUGCCGCUCACGCAUCGGCCUCCACAGUCACCAAACCCGCUGUCUAAACAGCAAUGCAUAAAUCGUCUGCAAUAGACGCAAAGACCCGUGAUGAUGAAGUACAGUACCAGUGAAUAUUGCAUCAUAAUUAUUUAUAUGAUUUAUACGAGUAAUACACGUUUUUGAACUCUGAUCGAAUCUUAGUAUAGAACCACAUAAAUGAUGACGCUGUCUAUAAUGUCUACAAGUACUAUACAUGGUGUUUUUUUAAUUACCGGCAAUAUUUUGUGCGAUGUGAAUGGUCAUACUGAGCAACUUUUACUAUGGGACCAACCCCGAAAUCGCGUAGUAGAAGUUGCUCAAUAUGACCUGUAUAUUCAUCUCGCAAAAUAUUGCCAGUAAUAAAAAAAACCGGUUAAAUGCGAGUCGGACUCGCGUUUCAAGGGUUCCGUACAUUACACAAGUUUCAACGAUGUUUUAUUUUUGUACCUACGUAAAACUUCUUGAAAAACCCGAAUGGGUCGGAUCAAAAACCAGAUGUAACGGAAAGUAUUAUGGUGCGGUGGCUUAUAUCUCUGCAACUAUAUUAGCUAUAUGCAGUUUUGAUAUUGAUGUUUAGGAAAGAAGCCAUUACUUGGAAUUGAAUGAACCGCUGACAGAGAUGGCGCUCAUUUUGCGCUAGAAACGACGCAUUCGGAGCUAAAAUAACCCUUAUGCGCGGUAUUUACUUAGUGAUCUCUUUAGUCCAUGGAUGUAUUUAGAAAAAAGUGAUAUCAUUUCAUAGAUCUUACUUAAUUACGAGUAAUACAAUAAUUUAAUAGGUGGGAUUAUAAUGUUGUAAAAAAAAAUUUUAGGAGUUUCAUAGAUAUUUUACGACUGAUCUUGUUUAUAUACAAAACUAAGUAAACUGUUAAUAUGCAAAGUAAAGUAACUCGGAUAGCAAGAUCAAAUACCUACCCCAAAGCCCAAAUGCGAAGGCCGAGCUCCACGUAAGGUCGAAAGCUCGGAGCGUCCGAAGGGUGCAGGCUUCCCGUUACUUCCUCAAGUAUUUUAAUAGCGAAGGCCCAACAGAGAGAGUUUUGCAGGAAUGUAGUACUCAAACACGGAACAAUAGUACAAGUAGCAUUGCGGAUGUGUGCCAGAUACAGCCUAGUUGCAUAUAUUUCCUUCAGUCCGGCUCACGUUCGAACCCAAAGGCGCGCCUCUCUCGGGCGCUUCUGGCCUUCGCAAUUAAGAUACUUUGACCAUUAUUCUGUGUUUAAGCAAUAAUCUCCCGCAGCUCACGUGUGCCUCUACUGGCCUUCGGCCUUCACAUUUAAGAUACUCGUUAUCGUGGAGUUUUAGGAAGCAUGCACAGGUCGGACGCUCCGGGCCUUCAGCUCUACGCGGGGCUCGGCCUUCAGUCAUCUAAUUCAGACACUUGUAGGUAGAGAAUUGUUCUUUGUCUGAGCACUAACUUCCCAACGCUCGACCUUCGGCCGCAGCUGUGGGUAGGCACGCCUCUUCAGGACGUUUCGGGGCUUCGGCCCUACGGUCUACACCACGUUUCACGUAAACCAAAUUGCGGCUGUGUCCUUAAAACAGCCUAACUGCAUUUUUGUUUUUAAAUCCGACUCACGCUUGACUGUAGAUUUCUAAUAGGUUUGCCUGUCAUCUUUAGGUUAAGAACUACUUUGUAUUUUUUCAAAAUUUUAGGCCUAGUAGUU